AUGAAACUUGUGACGCGUCUUUGUCUCCUGCUGAGCUGCUGGACUCUCAUGGACCUGCACCCGGUGCUCGGGUCCCUGAGCCGGAGCAGACCGACCGAGCCCCAGCACCGGUACCGGCUGGGACCGGCAGCGGAGCCAGGCGGCCCGGACGGAGAGCAGGUCCCCGGGAGAACCGGCAGCUCCCCCCUGAGGCCCGGGAGACCCCCGGUGCCCGGGGCCUGGAGACCCCCGGUGCCCGGGGCCUGGAGACCCCCGGUGCUGGUUCCGGUCAGGAGCACCAGGACCCGCGCGAGUCCUCCGGUGAUCAAGGCUGAGUUGACUGUUGUGAAAAGCUCCAUGAACCGGGCACAGCUGCAGCACCGGGACCUGGACCGGGACCGGGCUGCGCGCUCCCGGCUGCCCGGAGGAGACGCGCGCUCCAAAGCGCCCGCAGCUGUGAAAGGAGUCAGGACCUCGGCCGGAGGAGGUGGAGGAGGAGGAGGUGGAGGAGGUGCAGGAGGAGGUGGGAGCUCCAUGGCUGGACCGGCUGGGAAGGUUGCUCCACCGAGAGGAACCGGUCCGGUGCGCACCGGGGAUCCACCGAGAGGAGCCCCGGUGCAGAAGCAGCCUCCCGGGCAGAAAGCGGUUCCGGUGGCGCAGAGAGGAUCCAGCUCCAAACCCCUGAGAGGGAUCGAGCGGGAUCCGCAUCCCAAGCAGCCGCUGGUGAUCCCUCACGACUACAUGCUGUCCCUGUACUGGUCCCUGUCCAGCGGAGACCUGAACUCCAGCGCGCUGCAUGAGGCCGGCCUGGCCAACACCAUCACCAGCUUCGUGGAUAAAGGACAAGAUGAGCGCGGGCCCACGCUGCGGCGGCAGCGCUAUCACUUCAACAUCAGCUCCCUGGAGCGAGACGGGCUCCUGGGGGCCGAGCUGCGCAUCCUGAGGAAGCGCCUGUCGGACCCCCGCCGCGCCGCGCUGGGAUCCGUGGGCGCCGACGGAGGCCGAGGAGGAGGAGGAGGCGGCGCUGGAGGAAGCUCCUCCCCCUGCCUGAAGCUGUACACCUGCGCCUCAGGUAAACAGAAGGCUGCUGUGCUGCAGACCCAGGCCACCGAGGAGCUGCUCAGCGGCUUCGGCAGCAGGUGGGAAGUGUUCGACAUCUGGAAACUCUUCAAGGGCUCGAAGCAGCAGCAGCAGCAGCAGCAGCAGCUGUGCUUUGAGCUGGAGGCUGUGGAGCAGCGGGGGGGCCGGCCCGUGGACCUGCGCUCGCUCGGGUUCGCGCGGCUCGGCCGGACCAACAAGGAAAAGGCCUUCUUCCUGGCGUUCGGCAGAAGCAAGAAGCGUGACCUGUUUUACAACGAGAUCAAAGCCCGGUCCGGCCACGACAACAAGACGGUCUACGAGUACCUGUUCACGCAGAGGCGCAUGCGGCGGGCUCCCGCGGCGAGGGCGUCCAAGAAGCCUCUGCAGCCGCCGCAGUCCCUCCCCCACCACCAGGGGGUGAAGGCCAGGCCGCGCUGCAACCGGAAACACCUCCACGUGAACUUCAAGGAGAUGGGCUGGGACGACUGGAUCAUCGCUCCGCUGGAGUACAACGCCUACCACUGCGACGGCGCCUGCGACUUCCCCAUCCGCUCGCACCUGGAGCCGACCAACCACGCCAUCAUACAGACGCUCAUCAACUCCAUGGACCCGGAGGCGGCGCCGGCCACCUGCUGCGUCCCCACGCGACUCACGCCCAUCAGCAUCCUCUACAUCGACUCGUCCAACAACGUGGUGUACAAGCAGUACGAGGACAUGGUGGUGGAGGCGUGUGGCUGCAGGUAG